AUGUGUUAAGCAGAAUUGGAAUCUCUCAAAAAGAGUUAAUAGAAGAAAGUUAUAAAUAAAAAUAUUCUAGGAAGAAGUCGUGAUCUCAAGAACAGUUAUAUCAAGAACAGGUAAUACUUUAUCUGUUAAAGAGGGAACAUCUGGAUUCUAAUCCUAAAUAAGAAGAACUGGUUAAUAAGAGUGA